GAACUGCGUCUACUAUUUCAUUCCAAUAGAUUUAUCGAUGAAAUUUUUUAGCUUCUUUCCACGACUAUGCGCCCCCAAUAGCAAAUUGAAAAUUAUUAUUUUUAUUUAUUAUUAUAUGGAAUUUUCUUUCCUCGAAUCGCUGAUAAAGGAACGAUAGUCGAGUGCUGGCUUCCCACUCUACUACCAUAAAACCUGGCAAAUUCCCCCAUCUUUCUUGUCUCUCUGUCUCUCUCUCUCUCACACACACACACACACACACACAGACACAAACACACCCGCUUCAGAUCUCCGCAGCUUCUCCGCUUCCCUUUCGCUGCUUCUUGCGUUUGCAGUCUCCAUAAUGAUCAUAACUCUAUUUGCUCGUCAACGUAUCUAUUUGCAUUUCAAUCCUAGUUUCAUCUGCAGCUCAAACGCCAUUUCCACUUUCUUCAAGAUCCGACCCCCUUCUUCAAACUAGGGUUUUUCCACCCCUUUUCCUCGCUUCCAAACUCAUAUUUCUCUUGAAAUUUUAGCUGCAGAACCUUCGAAUUCAAGUAUAUGGUGAUGGGUCUGAUUCGAUGCGCUUGCUCAUCUACUGUCGCCGUCUGCUGCAAAAUUUAGCGAUAACCUGCGGUGGGUCGGCCUAGUUAGUUUUCCGGUUCCAAAUGAAAAGGUCGCUCCGCCCGCUAUUUAGUCUCUUGCUGCUCCUAGUGAUCGCCAUCACUCUCAGCUGCAGAAUCGCCGUUCGCCGCGGUUUCGCCUCUUUCCAGCUCGAAAAUAAUGUGUCGGUGGAAUUGCCGACCCCGGUAUUCAAUUCGACGCUGCUCAAGCUCGCCGCCAUCGACAUCGGGGAAGCUCAAUCAAGGCAAGAAAUUGAAGAUUUACUGGAAGGGAAGUUCGCCACCCGAGGGCGGUAUCGGUCGAUCUCGUCGUGGCGGCGUCUCGGCAUUGACAUGCGGCUGAGGACCUCCGCAGGCAUGCCCCUGAAUAUCCGAUCUCCCAAAAGUUAUCGGUCAUGGUUGGAAUUUAGAACGGUUUUACAGCAAUGGUCUCGGAACAAACGGUACCAGAUGGACAUUAUGUUGGAACUGGUCCGCCUCGUGAAGCUUCCGCUCGACCGGCGGGGUGGUGCUGUGGGUUCUGAUAGCCGGUACUCGUCCUGCGCCGUGGUGGGUAACAGUGGGAUUUUGCUGAAGAACGAGCACGGGGACCUAAUCGACAGCCACGAAGUGGUCAUUCGGUUGAACAACGCGAGAAUCCAGGGUUUCAAGAGCAAUGUUGGAUCAAAGACUAGCAUUUCUUUCGUCAACAGUAACAUCUUGCAUUUCUGUGCGAGGAGGGAAGGCUGCUUUUGCCAUCCGUACGGGAAAAAUGUUUCGAUGGUAAUGUACAUUUGCCAACCUGCGCAUUUCGUCGACUACCUUGUGUGCAACUCUUCCCACAAAGCACCCUUGCUGGUUACGGAUCCCAGAUUCGAUGUCCUGUGCUCUAGAAUUGUGAAGUAUUAUUCUCUGAAAAGAUUUACGGAGGAGAUGGGAAAGCCAUUGGAGGAAUGGAGCUCUGCCCAUGACGGGACCAUGUUCCAUUACUCCUCGGGUAUGCAAGCCGUGAUGCUGGCUCUGGGAAUUUGCAACAGAGUAAGUAUUUUUGGGUUUGGGAAAUCUGCAUCGGCCAAGCACCAUUACCACACUCACCAGAAGGCAGAGCUUGAUCUUCACGAUUACGAAGCAGAGUACGACUUUUAUCGCUAUUUGGCGGAGAGACCGCAGGUAAUCCCAUUCGUUUCGGCCAAAUUCAAGCUCCCUCCUGUGGCCAUAUACCAGUGACUUUUUUUUUUUUUUUUUUCUUUUUUCCCCGCAGCUGAGGAGUCCGGGUUUCGUGGAAUUUUUGUUGUUUGUGUUCAUGUUUUAACGGUAGCCUCCGACGAGAUAGUCGAGGGUUCAUUUAAGUGUCAAAAAAUGGAAUCUGGAAAUGUGAUUCCAGGAAAAUUGGCCUUUGUUGUUGCGCCAGAGAAGUUGACAUUGAUAUUGCUUGAAUUGAAAUGUUUCCAUGUAUGUUUUUAUGCGUAAAA